CACCAGGUGGGGUGAACCGGCUCGGGCUCCGGCCUGGCUCUGUUAGCGCCUCACUGGCCGAUGCGCAGUGAGUCUAGCCCCCUCUGGCCCUCAGUCCCUUCAUGUGUGGACCAAGACAGUGUCCCUUCCUGGGGACAGCUCCCUGAGCGAAUGGAUGUGGAACCCCAAAACUGACGUGGGGGUGGGCAAAAGGAAGGGUAGGUGUGCCCUGAGGACAUGUGGCCAGUUUGAGUCAGAGCUGGGGAUCAGCAUCUCCUUGCUGCACUCGGGAGGUUUGAGAAGAAAGGUGAAGGGGCUUUAACCACCUGGUAAGAUGGGAGGCCAAGAAGGAACGGCUUCAAGGGGGUGGGCAGGGGACUGCUUGCCUGAUGACAUGGUCUCUGAAUCAGGUUUGUGGUCUCCCAUAUUCUGCCUGCCCACUGGUCUGUGACAGCCCCACGGUGUCCUCUGUGCGAGGGGUAACAGCUGGGACAUAAUGCGUGUCACACAGGAUGGCACAGCGUCAGCCACUUCCCUUCCUCUAAAGGUGAACCGUGUACGGGUUCCUAUUUCGUGCCAAGCCCUCCUCUACGUGUUGGGGUACAGCAGUGAUCAGGACAGCCACGGCCCCUGCUCCCACAGAGCUGAAGUUCAGAUGGGGAAGGGGGACAAGGAAACCAAGCAGAUGAAUUCCAGUAGAUACAGGCCUGAAGGAAGAUCCAAGAGGGAGAACGUAUUACGAAACCUAGCGGACAAGGUCUUUGACAAGCCCAUCUGUGAGGCCCUCUUGGACCAGAGGUUCUUCAACGGCAUUGGCAACUAUCUUCGGGCAGAGAUCCUGUACCGAUUGAGGAUCCCCCCCUUCGAGAAAGCCCGCAAGGUUCUGGAGGCACUGCAGCAGCGAAGGCCGAGCCCGGAGCUGACCCUGAGCCAGAAGAUCAAGGCAAAGCUGCAGAACCCAGACCUGCUAGAACUGUGUCACUCGGUGCCCAAGGAAGUGGUCCAGCUGGGGGGCAAAGGUUACGGGCCGGAGAGCGGGGAGGAGGACUUUGCUGCCUUCCGGGCGUGGCUACAGUGCUAUGGCAUGCCUGGCAUGAGCUCCCUGCAGGACCGGCGUGGCCGCACCAUCUGGUUCCAGGGGGAUCCUGGACCCCUGGCACCCAAAGGGGGCAAGUCCCGCAAGAGGAAAUCCAAAAGAGCACAGCAGGAUCCUGAGGACAGAUUGGAGGACCCUCUCCUUCCAAGCACUGCCCCUUCCAGAACACGUGGGGCACAGAGAGGCCUUCCUGAGCAAACUACAGCCCAGCAGCCCGAGGGGACCAGCCUCCCGCAGGACCCAGAAGUCCCUCUAGUCCCUAAGAAAGGAAAAAGGAGGGGGCGACCGACAACCUCAGGCCACCGCAGACCCCGAAAGAUCAAGGCUGACACCCCAUCCUCAGAGAAUGGAGGGACCUGAGCCUCUUAGCAGGAGGGUCUCCUUGCUCGCACCCACCCCUUCCCUCUGCCUUGCACUGGAGCAAGGGCCCUGGGCAGCUUGCAGGCAGCAGGCUGGAGCUGAGGGCACCUGGAUGCCCCGGGCCUGAGGCCGUUCCCUGCACAGCUAUGAAUUUGUGUUCCCCACCUUCCCCAUUUUUUAAGCCCAUGAGAGAAAUACUGUAAUUUUUUAUAAACUAAUAAACUUGAACUUCUUGGCACUUCUUGGGCUGGCUGCAGAAGGUGUGGGAAGGCCAAGUUGGGAGGACCCGCUGCCUGA